AUGCAUCACCAAAUUAUCCAUAAUGCUAAGGAUAAUACUAAAGGAAAUAUUUGGCUAUUUUGGAAUUCUUCCCUUACUGCUCCCGUGGUUGUUGAUAUGACUAGUCAAUGCAUUACAGUAGAAGUUGGUGGUGUACUUGUAACUGGUGUUCAUGCUAUUUCUUAUGCUAUUAAUAGAAGAGAAUUAUGGAAAAAUUUAUGUGAUAUCAGCCUUUUGGAUAAACCUUGGUUAAUUUUGGGUGAUUUUAAUACUGUUCUAUCUAUGGAUGAGAAAAAAGGUGGUAGAAAUCAUGUUUCUUCAGAUGUUAAAGACUUUCAAGAUUGUGUUGAUUAUUAUGGUUUACUUCAAGCUCCAAAAUCUGGCUUGGACUUCUCUUGGUGUAAUGGUAGAGUUGGUAAAAAAAGAAUUCUGUGCAAUUUAGAUAGAGCUUUGUAUAACUUGAAAUGGUUGGAUAAGUUUAAUGGAUGGCAUUAUCAUACGGGGACUAGAGACUUAAAAAAAAUUCUUAAAAUCUGGAACUGGGAAGUGUUUGGUGAUGUGAAUGAAAAUCUUAAAAAAGCUGAGGACAAUGUUAUGGAGGCUACUAUCCAAUCUGAUACUGAUCCUUCAAAAGUUGAAAUUCUAAAUAAAUUGGUGACUGCUAGAGGUGAAUAUGAAAUGGCUGCUAAUAAUUAUAAUACUCUGUUAAGGGACAAAGCUAGAAUGAAUUGGAUUCAAGAAGGAGAUAUAAAUACUCAAUUCUUCCAUACAAGUAUUAAGUUAAGACAAAUGCAAAAUUUUAUAACUGAAUUAGAAAAUUCUACUGAGCAUAUAUUACUGAUCAACAAGGGUGCUGAUGUUUUGGUGGAUUACUUUAGUCAAAAGUUUGCUCACCAAGAUGUUGUUAUUAAUGAUUCUUUUCUUGAAGCUGUUCCUAAAGUGAUUAAUACUGAAGAUAAUUCUUUCUUAGAAGAAAUUCCAACUGAGGCUGAUAUUAAGAAAGCAAUAUUUGAGCUAAACCAAGAUGGAGCUCCAGGUCCAGAUGGAUUUACUGGAUAUUUGUACAGAUUUUCUUAG